AUGACCUUGGAGCUAUGGGUUUUAAGUCUAAUAUCUGUCAUAACAACAAUUGUCAUUCUUUUGAUUGUUAUGUAUCUCACCACAGACCCAUAUCCUGAUCUCUCGCGAACAAGUGAAGAGGAAAGUUUUUAUGAUCCAGAGACUUCACAAUGCAUUAAACUUCCGUUCGGGCUUAAAGAAAGACCGGAUAAAGAACUAUCAGUGAUCAUUCCGGCAUACAAUGAAGUAGAUCGACUUCCUCAAAUGUUGACUGAAACCCUGGACUAUCUUGAUAAAAGAAAAGAAUCAAACAAAAAGUUCACAUUCGAAAUCAUUAUAGUGAAUGAUGGAAGCAAAGAUCACACACUGGAGGGUGCUGCUGUCAGAAUUGGAAUGCUUUCUGCUCGUGGUCGUAUCCUUUUGUUUGCAGAUGCGGAUGGUGCAACUCAAUUCUCUGAUAUUGAAAAAUUAGAAGAAGCUUUAUCAUCAUCCAUAGCCAAUCGAUGGAAUGGUGGUAUGGCAGUGAUUUGUGGUUCCAGAGCACAUUUAGAACAACAAGUAAUAGCUAAACGUAAUCCAUUAAGAAAUUUACUCAUGUAUGGUUUCAAAUUAUUUGUAUGGUUUGUAUGUAUUCGUGGAAUUCGUGAUACACAAUGUGGUUUUAAAUUAUUUAGUCGACCUGCGGCUCGUUUAUUAUUCCAUAAUUUACAUGUGGAACGUUGGGCAUUCGAUGUUGAUCUAUUAUACUUAGCUAAACAUUUUGAUAUGAAUAUUGUUGAAAUACCUGUGCAUUGGAAAGAAAUACCUGGUUCAAAAUUGGUACCAAUUUUUUCAUGGAUUCAAAUGGCUAAGGAUUUACUAAUGAUUCGUUUAAGAUAUUCAUUAGGAGCAUGGAAAAUUGAACCAAUCUAUACUUGA